AUCAUGGGAAAUACCGAGAGCAAUGUGACAAGUGGCGUAAAGAAACAGGCGGGAGUCUCCACCCAGGCGCUCUAUAAGUUUGUCAAUCUCAAGGGCGGCGGCCUUCUGGUGGACAUGAUGAAGCGCGCCUGCCAAACCAAGCAGUUUGCCGAGAUCGAUCAUGCAAUCAAAACGAAGGUGGAACCAUUUUUAUAUAACAAGGGCGCUGGCCGUUACUUUCCCAUAUCGAAGCUGGUGCUGCUGCGGAAUCGGGACAGACCCCGAACGAGGCAACUGCCCGAAAUACGCGCCCUGGAGAAUCCCGACGAAGACUUCAACAUACACGACUAUUGUCCCGAGGUGUCCGAGGCGGAGUACAUAUCCAAUCCAUCGGCCUACCGCUUUGUCUGCUGGGAUCUUAAUAUGCGCGGCGCUGUGGGCGAAACGAUUCUGCAUCUCUGCCUGCUGAAUGCCUCCUCGUUGCACGCAGAUCUGGCGAAGCGUCUCCUGAAGUUCUAUCCCAAGCUCAUCCUGGACAUCUACAUGAGCGAUGAGUACUACGGCGAGAGCGUGCUGCACAUUGCCAUUGUGAACGAGGAUCCGGCCAUGGUCAAGUACUUGCUGGAUGCCAAUGCGGAUGUGCAGGAACGCUGCUGUGGCGCCUUCAUGUCUGCCGAGGACACAAAGGCCUCCCGCACAGAUUCGCCCGACCACGAGUACGUGGCGCUGCAGCCCAUAACCAACUACGAUGGCUACGUCUACUGGGGCGAGUAUCCGUUGAGCUUUGCCGCCUGCCUGUCCCAGGAGGAGUGCUUCCGGCUGGUUUUGGCACGCGGCGCAGAUCCGGAUUUCCAGGACACGAAUGGCAACACCGUCCUGCACAUGCUGGUCAUCUACGAGAAAAUCGAAAUGUUCGACGUGGGCUACGAGGUGGGCUCCAACAUACACGUGCGCAACGUUCAAAAUCUGACGCCCCUGACGCUGGCGGCCAAGCUCGGGCGCGUCGAGAUGUUCUUCCACGUGAUGAGCAUUGAGCGCGAGAUCUAUUGGCAGCUGGGCAGCAUAACCUGCGCCGCCUAUCCGCUGCUCAUGAUCGACACCAUUAACGAGGAGACGGGCAACAUCAACAAGGACUCGGUGCUGAACUUUGUGGUGUUCGGCGACAAGCUGGAGCACCUCGAGCUGCUGGAUGGCGUGGUCAUCGAUCUGCUGAAGACCAAAUGGGACACCUUCUGCAAGUCGCGCUUCUACAAGCAGUUCUACAUGUUUGCCUUCUACUUUCUCAUCUCGCUGUUCAGCUUCAUACUGCGUCCGGGCCCGGAGGCCAAGGAGGACGAAGACGAGGAUCAGGCUGGCAGCCCAGCGGCUGCGUCGAACGCCAGCACAACUCACGACCUGUACAGCAAUCACAGCCUCACUCAGCUGUCCAAGCGUGCCACCUCCAGCACCGAAUACAAAACCUUCUGGCUUAACUUCACGGAAUACUAUGAUCCCAACGAGGUCGAGACUCUGCCCGCCUGGUGGCAGACCUAUGCACAGUGUCCGCUCAUGAAUCUGGAGUCGGAUCUGGCCAAGCUUCGCAUUAUCGCCGAGCUCAUCAACUUUGUAGGCGCCAUUCUCUAUCUGGUCGUGGCGUUGAGGGAGGCGCGUUUCCUGGGCUACAAAAUGUUCAUUGAGAAUCUGAUGACUGCUCCUUCACGUGUCAUGUUCCUGUUCUCCUGCGCGCUGAUGAUGACUAUACCCUGGCUGAGAGUCUCCUGCCUGACCGAGAUCGACGAUCACGUGACAGUGGUAAUCAUGCUGACGACAGCGCCCUAUUUCCUCUUCUUUUGUCGGGGCUUCAAGACCGUCGGACCCUUCGUUGUGAUGAUAUAUCGCAUGGUAAUGGGAGACUUGCUGCGCUUCGUUUCCAUCUACCUGGUGUUUGUGAUGGGCUUCUCCCAGGCCUUCUACAUCAUCUUCCUGACCUUUGAUAAUCCAUCUGCGCCCGAGGAUCAGGAUGCCGAAACGAAUCCCAUGCCCUCGCCCAUGGAGUCCAUCGUGGCCAUGUUUCUGAUGUCGCUGACCAACUUCGGGGACUACUAUGGCGCCAUGGUGUCCACGCAGCACGAAUACGAGGCGAAGAUCUUGUUCUUUCUGUUCAUGGUGAUUGUCAGCGUUCUGCUGGUCAACAUGUUGAUCGCCAUGAUGGGCAACACCUACCAGAAGAUAGCCGAGAUACGCAACGAAUGGCAGCGCCAGUGGGCGCGCAUUGUCCUGGUCGUGGAGCGCAGUGUGCCGCCCGGCGAACGCCUCAAGAACUUUAUGCACUAUAGCCAGUCGAUGUCGGAUGGCAGGCGAGCGCUGGUCCUGCGCCUCAAUAUGACUGACGAGGAGAAGGAGGAAAUGAAGGAGGUGCAGGAGAUGAAGCGCAUCCAUCAACGUUUCUCCAAAAAGCGUCAAAUGGAGCGAGAGGCACGCGCCCGCCGCCGUCAGGAGGAGUACGAGAAGUUCUUCGGCACAGCCCCAAAGGCGGAUAGCACGGAGCAAUCCAAUUUGUGAAU